CUAACACUGACCAUGUUGUUGUUGUGGUGGACGCUGCCAUCACAUCAAUUCUUUACUUUAUUUACACAUACGUCCACCAAUGUCGGAAUCAACACAGCUGCUCCUCCAGCGUGGCAUUGGGGCCAUUCUGUCCAGCAUGGGGGGCGGUAAACUGAAGGGCGGCCAAGCUGCUGAGCUGAAGAAGACGCCUCCUAAGGUGAAUGCGGCCAAGCCCAAGCCAGCGUUGCAAGAAAGGCAGGGGUUUGAUGUGAGUUCCACGGCAGAGUUUACUGGCUGGGGGGACCUUAAGCCCGAGCCGCCGGCCAGCGUCGACGCCGACGACAAGAAAAACGCGACUGAACCAACUAAGGUUAAAGAGGAAUUAAAAGAAGAAAAGGACAAUGUUGCUGGAGAAAAAAAUAAUCAACAAGCAGCGCCCCUCCAUCGUGGUGUAGGAACUCUGCUCUCAAACUUGGGCAGCUUAAAGAAUCUCAAUGGUGGCAACAAACAACAACAACCACAACAACAACAACAACAACCUAAUAAAAUCAACAGGCACAACAGACAGCAACAAAAGAAAGACAUUGGAUUUGACCUAAAUCCUGGGUCAGAAUUCCCCGGUUGGGGGGACAAUUCUGGUGGUGCAGGUGCCAACACGUACUCUGGGGGUACAGGUGCCAGCAUGCACUCCAGGGGGAAGGGUGCCAACACAUUUUCCAGGGGAAGGGGUGCCAACAUGCACUCUGGAAGAAGGGGUGCCAAUAUACACUCUGGAGGCAGGGGUGCCAACAUGCACUCUGGGGGUAGAGGUGCCAACAUGCACUCUGGGGGUAGGGGUUCCAACAUGAACUCUGGGGGUAGGGGUUCCAACAUGAACUCUGGGGGUAGGGGUGCCAACAUGCACUCUGGGGGUAGAGGUGCCAACAUGAACUCUGGGGGUAGAGGUGCCAACAUGAACUCUGGGGGUAGAGGUGCCAACAUGCACUCUGGGGGUAGAGGUGCCAACAUGAACUCUGGAGGUAGAGGUGCCAACAUGAACUCUGGAGGUAGAGGUGCCAACAUGCAUUCUGGGGGUAGGGGUGCCAACAUGUACUCUAGGGGUAGGGGUGCCAACAUGCCUCCUGGGGCAACGGGUGCCAACAUGCCUCUCGGGGCAACGGGUGCCAACAUGGAACCUGUCAAACUACACCCAAUGAUGAACCAGCGAAGGAACAACUAUAAUAGAGAAAAUGCUAAUACGGGCAAAGGACCACAACAAAGAAAUCGUGGGUUUCAACAGAAUUCGUUGAUGGGAGAAUACCCGGUCCCAGGGAUGGCUGCUAACAACACUCCUUGGGGCACACAACCACCAAGAGAUGGCAGCACUGACAGAGCAGGAUUUAAGCGUGACGCACCUGAAGGACUUGACCGGGAGAACAAGAGGCACAGGCAAGAUGGAGAUUUUAACGUUAAAGAAAUGACUAAGUGGAGCGACACUUUGGAGUACAAUGAUGAUGAAGAGAGUGUGUACAUUGCUGAUGAAAAUAGGAGAUUAGCCGAAGAAUACGGUUCUUUCGUGACGGUAAAAAUCCUCAAAGACCAGGGAGGAAAGAUGGGAUACUAUUGUGAGCUUUGCUUUGCGGACAUGAGUGAGAAGAAGUCAUUGGAUCUUCACUGUGGAGGAAUGAAACAUUUAAAGAAAAAGAAUCUGUGGGAGAAGAUGAAGGGAACUUCUGGAGUUGGUACCUCGGAUGACACGGGCAAACCUGGGCAGGAAGUUGACUCACCCACCGGUCGUCUCUUACAACCAGCUUCUUUCAGGGAGGAGAACAAUAAAUAUCCUCAGGAGCGUGUUGGCUCAGGACGUAAAGAACGUGACUACCAAGGUCGUAACUUCCCAGAGCAGCAAGAGCAUUACCCCGAGGGUCGACAAGACCAGUACGAACAAAAUGGAUAUAGCAGAAGUGAUCCAUUAAUAAGGAGUGAGGUAAACUUCUCCAGACCUCCACCGAUGUUAGCACCACCUCCGAUGUUAGCACCUCCCCCGAUGUUAGCACCACCCCCGAUGUUUGCACCACCCCGUGAACACCUCUCAGGAGAAACUGCUGGACCACUGCUUAAGAAACUGGCUGAGAGCGCUGUGAUUCACCAAGAUGAUGCAAAUGUUGCCACAGAUGUUAUCUCUAUGCUUCUGGAGUCACUUAAAGAAUUCCAUGAAAAACAUAGGACUCCCAGCACCGUUCAUCUGAUCUCGGAGGCUGAGCUAAAGUUCAACAUAGUGGUGGAACUUGAGAAGGCAGCUCAGCUAGGGAGGGCCAACUCCAAUAGAGGUCAUCCACACAAUAAACCAGACAUGAGGGAUAAGAGUAACAAGAGUGAACUAGUUGACUCCAGUAAAGGUGAGUCUGACUCAGCCCAAGAGAGUCUACCAAACACUAACUCCAAGAAGAGCGAGUCGCCGCAGAGUUACGGCUCUGCCGCGCACAGUUAUAACCCUACGUCGAAGAGUGACAUCUCCGCUGCGCCGGAUUAUACGUCCCCAACAAAGAACUACGGCUCUGCCACGUUAAGUCCUGCCUCUGCAACACCAAGUUACACCUCUUCCCCCCCAGACUACUCCACUGCACCCCCAAAUUACAACCCAGCAGCACAGGGAUACAGCUCAGCAGCCAGUUACAGCUCAACAGGUUACAACUCUGCACCACAUGGUUACAACCCAGCAGCAGCAGGUUACAGUGCAGCACCACCCAAUUUCAACCCAGCUAUGCACACUUUCAACCCUGCUGCAGGUUUCUUUAACUACCCUCCAGGGAGUGGACAGAGUUUGUUUAGUGCUCCUCCACCACCACCUCCUCCACCAGCAACAUCAUUAUCAACAUUUGGAUACAAUCAGUAGCUGAUACUUGUCUAGUUGUUCACUAACACAGUGUAAGUUGCUUUAGGAAAAUAAGUCAAGUUCUUAUUCCUUUUUGUAUGUCAUUCUUUUAGUUUUCUGUCACUUGAUGACCAGAUUCACAUAGAAAUGAAUGGUACUGUACAAUUAUUUCCAGAUAUUGAUUGUUUGUGUUAUUAAUGAAUAAACCAUUCAUUUUAAUAAUUAUAUGAUUGAAGAAGUUGUAAAUAUUAAAGGUCCAGUUCUUUUGAAGUGUUAAUUUGUGUAAUAUUUAUUUAUGAAUAUAAAGUGAACAAUUCUUUGUAUUAACAAGACCAGCAUUAAUCUAAGUCUUCAUUUAAGUCAAAUUACCCGGUAUACCAAGAAAUGUUUCGAGAUUUGGGAAUACUUGUUACUGAAACCUGAACCUGUUUAUUUACAGCUGACAAGAACAUAACCCAAAGAAGUUUUAUAUGAUGACAAUAUCCUCAAUACUGUA